CUACAGAUUCUGUGGUUAUACUCACUCCUCAUCCCAAAGAAUGAAAUUCACCACUCUCUUCUUCUUGGCAGCUGUGGCUGGGGCCCUGGUCUAUGCUGAAGAUGCCUCCUCUGACUCGACGGAUGCUGAUCCUGCCCAGGAAGCUGGGACCUCUAAGCCUGAUGAAGAGAUCUCAGAUCCAGCAGCAUCUGCUUCACCCCCAGAGACAACCACAACAGCCCAGGAGACUUCGGCAGCAGUUCAGGGGACAGCCAAGGUUACCUCAAGCAGGCAGGAACUAAACCCCCUGAGUAAGUCUCUGUCUCUAUGUCAGAUCAACAACCUAGAAAAAUCUCUGGCUGCAGGCCCACAUCACACUUGCAUGCCCAGAGAUAAGCCUGAUGAGAAGCAGGUAGACUCAAACACCGGAACACAAAGGCACAAAUGGGAUUGUGCACUGCACCCACACACAACAUUUCCACAAGAGUAGAUGCUGCAGCCUGCACUAUACAUGGUUUCUGUCCUGGCUCACACAACUUCCUAUGAAAGAAGUGCUGGAGCCCUCAGCAAAGCUUCUGUACUUUAGGACUUUGUGUAGGGAUGAUGUCCUGGGUGGAGUGGGGG